UAUCGAAACAGUAAAUGAAUCGGAUGGCUCGCGCUGGAUUUCGCAUCGCUCUGCUGCAGCUAAAAGUAGGUGCAAACAAGGCACAAAACAUUGAAAAUGCUUUAGCAAAAAUUCGACAUGCCGUAACGGAUAAAGGUGCUCGUGUGGUAGCGUUACCCGAAUGUUUCAACUCACCCUACGGCACGCAACAUUUUCCGGCCUACGCCGAAGAGAUCCCGACCGGUGAAACAAGCCGCAGUCUAGCGGCGAUCGCGAAGGAACUCGGCAUCUACCUGAUCGGUGGUACGAUUCCGGAGAAAUGUACCAACGACAACAAGCUGUACAAUACCUGCACCGUCUGGUCACCGGACGGUGCCCUAAUGGCGACGUACCGCAAAAUUCAUCUCUUCGACAUCAAUAUACCGGGUGGUAUAACGUUCCGCGAGUCGGACGUACUGACCGGGGGCAACAAUCUGGCAACCGUUUCGAUUGAUGGUGCAAAAGUUGGUAUCGGAAUUUGUUACGAUAUACGGUUCGACGAGUUGGCACGGUUGUAUCGCAACCAGGGAUGUGAUAUGUUAAUUUACCCUGGAGCAUUUAACAUGAAGACGGGCCCACUGCAUUGGGAGCUGUUGGCAAGGGGUCGGGCGAACGAUACGCAGUCGUACGUAGCGACUAUUUCGCCGGCACGUGAUCCGGCGGCCGGUUACGUUGCCUGGGGCCAUUCGAUGGUGGUCGAUCCGUGGGCAAAGGUGGUGACGGAGGCCAACGAAGAGGAGGCAACGGUUGUGGCGGACGUGAAUCUCCAGACGGUGGAUGAAGUACGGGCACAGAUUCCGAUAUACAGUCAGCGGCGAACAGAUCUGUACAAAACGGAGGGUUUCGGUCAGUAG